UGGCUUCGCUUGUCAGAAGGAGGUUGCUGUAACCGCAUUAUGUGUUUUAAAGGAUAUCCAGCUUAAUGUAUAAGCCAGACAGAAAUGUUUCUCCAUCCAAAAAUACAGACUUGAGAGAGUGACAGGUGCCUCGCAUACCGGGCCAGCAGACUUAACUUAAGUAAACACCUUCCUGGUGUACAUAAAUCCUUUUUGACACCGUGUGGUCAUGUUCUGCCUCGUUUCAGACUCCCCAAAGACACUCUUGUUUUUGUUGUUUCAAAGAAAUCUGGCAGAGAGCGAUGAUAGCUUCCUGUUUAAUGGGAACAUAAUUCACCAGUCACCUUCACUGACUCGUGUAUAUUUUGACAAUAUUUGGAUUUGUAGCCAGAGUGCCCCCUCUGUCAGUAAACAGCCUUAUGGUAUUACAGACCUCUUUGGGUCCCUCUUAAACAGGUUUUUAUGCAGUUUCUGAGCAAAUUCACUUAGAGGUUGGCUCCAAGUGGCACUCUGGCAGUCUGCCCAGGAUGUUAAGAUGCAGGAGAAAACCCUGCAAUAUCCAUCCAAUAAGACAUCGAUACAAAUGUAAAAAAAAAAAAACCAAAGCGGUUUCUUUGUCAUCUUUUGAGCAAACAAUUUGAAAAUAGAUUCCCCCGUACAUUUUUACACACUCAAUGCAGCUCAUUAGACGAUUUUCAGUUCUGAUACCGAUAUUUGGACAUCUUCGGAUACAGAGAAUGAUGAGUGAGACAUACAGCUUAUGAUGAAUUCAUAAGCUGUAUGUCUCACUGUGUGGAAGCUGUGGGAUCAUUAUUUAUGUGUCAAGAGUCAAAUAGACCAUAAAGCAGGGUAUGCUUUAAGGCGGGGCUACAAGGUGAAUAAGUGAGCUAUUAUCUAAUCUUUGAUUCCUUUUUUCCCUCUAGCUUCACGUUUCAAUGGUACAAUCUGUCGCUUAUAUUUGUUGGACCUUCACAGAGAACCACCGCGGCGGUGCACUUGUGCUUCCUCUUGACACGAGGCAUGGCUCAGAUGAGGAAGCUGGCAUGCGGCGGCGGUGGUGGCGGCGGCGGUGGUGGCGACGGCGGCGUCAGGACGAACUCCCGGGGCGACCCGCAGGCCCCGCUGGUGUCGGCCCGACAGGAGAUCCUCACCAGCCUGGUCUCUGCCCUCGACUCGGUGUGCAUGGCCAUGUCCAAGCUCAACGCCGAGGUGGCGUGCGUCACCGUGCACGAGGACAGCGUGAUCGCCGUCGGCACAGAAAAGGGCAGAGUGUUCCUCAACUCCAGGAGGGAGAUCCAGACAGACUUCUAUAAGUUUUGCCGGGGGCCGUGUCUGCAGAAUCCUCCCACAGCGAACGCCCAUACCAAAGAUCAGGAAGGCGAGCUCAGCAAACAGAGUACGGACGGCGAGCUCGGGAAACCCAGAGCUCUGUCGGACGCUCAGUCCAACAUCUUCGUCCUGAGGAAGAUGGUGGAGGAGGUCUUCACUGUACUUUACAGUGAGGCCGUGGGAAAGAGCAACCUGGUCCCUGUGCCUUACGAGUGGAUCCAGAAGGACCCCGGCUGUGUGGCGGCCCACGGUUUGCCCGAGGGGGUCGCCCUGAAGAAGCCCUCCGAGUACGACACCAAGACGCUGAUGAAGAUCCUGGAGCAGAGCCACCGCAUCCAGUUCAGCGUAAAAAGGCCAGCAGACGAAGCCAAGCCCGGCGCCGAUAUCAAUCAAAACUCUUCCACCGGCGGCGUGACGCCCGGCUGCCACGGCGCCGGGAAGACGUCAUCAAGUCCCGCCUCUUCCAGCAACUCUGUCCUGUCAAACUUCCUGUACGGCAUGCCCAUGUCCUCCAAACCGCCCCCCGAUUGCAAGCUGGACUUCAAGCCCAUGUCGCUCCUCAACCUGGGCAAGGACAGACUGGCCAACUGGAGCGCGGGGGCCGACAAGAUGAGCACGUCCGUCAAGGACUGCCCUAGCAACGAUGAGACAACAAGGCUACCUGGUGAGCAGGGUCAGAGCCCUCCUGGCAUCCACAUCUCCAAGAGGCUGCUCUUCUCCAUCGUGCAUGAAAAAUCAGAAAAAUGGGACUCGUUCAUUCGGGAAACGGAGGACAUCAACACGUUGAGAGAAUGUGUGCAGAUCUUGUUCAACAGCAGAUACGCCGAGGCCCUGGGCCUGGAUCACAUGGUGCCUGUCCCCUACCGCAAGAUCGCCUGCGAUCCAGGGGCGGUGGAGAUCAUCGGCAUCCCGGACCAGAUCCCCUUCAAGAGACCCUGCACCUACGGGGUCCCCAAGCUCAAGCGCAUCCUGGAGGAGCGCCACGGGAUCCGCUUCAUUGUCAAACGAAUGUUUGAUGAAAGGAUUUUCACUGCCGCCGGCAAGAUCGCGAGGGAGGAGGGCAAGCACGACUUGGGCUGCAUGCCCGAAGACAACUUCCUGGACAAUCUGAGCAUCCCGAUGCCCGCCGCCGCCGAGCCGCUCAGCAAUCCUCACAGCAGCAGAUCAGCAAGUGCAUGCGUGAGUCCCUUGGCUGACUGUGAAGCAGGUCCGUCGGGAGAUUGCAUUCCUUUGAAAAGGAUUAAAACGGAGCCUCCGGAUGGGGACAUCAUUCAAGUCACCGUGCCAGAGGCCGGUACGGGAGCUACGGGAGGGGAGGAGCCCAGCGAGUCCGUGGCCGAGCCGGUCGCCGCGGCAACGUGUCCGGCCACGGCCGAGCCCGCCGCGCCCUCUGCUCCCCAUCACCAAGUGGAAAACCCCGCAGCUGAAGCUCUGUCGCCCGGCGCCGCGUCCCAGAGCGCCAGGAGGUCCUCCGAAGCUGGGAGUCUGGUGGAGGACAUUGGUGAAAUGAUUCUUCAGCUUCGGAGACAAGUGGAGAGCCUCUUCAGCAUUAAGUACGCCGACGCUCUGGGCCUGCCCGAACCGGCCACGGUGCCCUACUCCAAGUUCCAGAUGUACCCGGAGGACCUGUACGUCAACGGGCUGCCGGAGGGGGUCUCGGUCCGACGGCCCAACUGCUUCGGAGCGGCCAAGCUGCGCAAGAUCUUAGCCGCCAGCGGUCAGAUCCAGUUUGUCAUCAGAAGGCCCGAGCUGCUAACCGAGCCAGUGAAACAGGAGAUGCCUCCCGUGCCCGUCUGUGACCCAGAGCUGGACGCCCCGGAUGCAACGCCAGGACCAGAGGAUCCUGCAGCUGCAUCCAAGAGACCUGGUUUCUCAGAGUGCCUGGAAUCCAAGCUGUCCAGGAUCGACCUGGCCAACACGCUGCGCGAGCAGGUCCAGGAUCUGUUCAACAGGAAGUACGGGGAGGCAUUGGGCAUCAAGUACCCGGUCCAAGUGCCUUACAAGAGGAUCAAGAACAACCCCGACUCGGUCAUCAUCGAGGGCCUCCCCCCCGGCAUCCCCUUCAGGAAGCCCUGCACCUUCGGCUCCCAGAACCUGGAGAGGAUCCUGGCGGUCGCCGACAAGAUCAACUUCACCAUCACCAGACCUUUUCAAGGACUCAUUCCAAAACCAGCACCUCGCCGCGUCACUUUACUAAAGAAGGCCUACGCCUCAAUAAGCGACGACGACGAUAUCAACCGCAUGGGGGAGAAAGUUGUCCUCCGAGAGCAAGUCAAGGAGCUCUUCAACAAGAAAUACGGCGACGCUCUGGGAUUGGACCGCUCCGUCGUGGUCCCGUACAAGCUGAUCCGCGGCAGCCCGGAGUCCAUGGAAGUCGGCGGCCUCCCGGACGACGUCCCCUUCCGAAACCCCAACACCUACGACAUCGUGUGCCUGGAGAAGAUCCUCCGAGCCGCGGACAAAGUCACGUUCGACGUCAAGAGCCAGCUGCAGCCUUUUGCAGAAAUCUGCAGCCAGGCCUGUAACACAGUAGCGACAGACGUCUCCACCAAUCGGCGAAAGCGCAAGAGAGUCCAGGAGAGCAACCGAGUGCCCGCCUCCUCCGACCUGAUGUCGACCAAUCAGAUUCCAGUGAUGCAGUGGCCCAUGUACAUGGUGGACUACAGCGGGGUGAAUGUGCAGGUUCCCGGGAAAGUCAACUACUGAAGGACGAACCUGGACUGCAGCGAAGAGGAUAAAGAGGGGGGGGGGGG